AUGACCGCUGUUAAUCCAAUUAUUCCUGGCUUUGCGCCAGAUCCUUCUGUGGUGAAAGUAGGAGAGUGGUACUACCUUAUAAACUCUUCUUUCCAUCUUUCCCCCGGAUUGCCCAUUUAUGUCUCCAAGGAUCUACUAUCCUGGCAUCAGAUAGGCAAUGCAAUCUAUCGGCGGGAUCAAUUAAGCCUAGCAAGGUCGAAUACAAAUUUGAGUACUCAGUCACCCACUGGGGAUAUACUGCUUGCUACCGGUGGUCUGUAUGCGCCUACGAUCCGACAUCACAAUGGGAUAUUCUACGUGGUUUGCACCAACGCCAUUCGUGCAGACAUAUCGUCACUGGACUCCAAUUCUGUGAAACAAAACUUCAUUCUUUCAGCCAAAGAUAUCUGGGCAAACGAAUGGAGUGAUCCUGUCUAUUUCGACUUUCACGGAAUUGACCCCAGCCUUUUCUUCGACGAUGGUAAAGUGUACGUGCAGGGGGCUGCAGCACAAGGGAUCAGCAUGUUCGAAAUUAAUCUUCUCACGGGGGAGAGAAUUUCUCCUGAGCGGACAAUUUGGACUGGUUCCGGUGGCCUCUAUCCCGAGGGACCCCAUAUCUACAAGCGGAAUGAAUGGUACUAUUUGAUGAUCUCAGAGGACGGUACACAUGAGAAUCAUAUGGUCACAAUGGCCCGCUCUAAGGAUAUCUGGGGCCCGUAUGAGACGUGUCCCAAUAAUCCUAUUCUUACUGCUCGCGGAACAUCUGAGUAUAUACAACAUGUCGGACAUUGCGACGCCUUUGAAGACGGGGAAGGGAAGUGGUGGGGAGUCUCUCUUGGGGUGCGAAAAGCCAGCAACGGCAGCUGCAUCUUGGGCAGAGAGACUUUCCUCACUUCUGGCAGAUGGGAUAAAGAAUGGUUGACCUUCGAUAUGGUUAAACUGAUUCCCACUGACCCGGUACGACGGGAAGGGACUUAUGAUCUGUCUGCCGCACCAAAUGUAGACUUUGUCUAUAUACGGGAUGCAGAUCUCAGCAAGUAUGACAUCUCAAACGACGGCACACAGGUCACCCUUACAGCGUCGAGAACCGACCUGUCACAUCCUAGCCUAUCCCCCACCUUUGUUGGAAAGAGACAGCGUCGAUUGACCGGUGAAAGCAUCGUCACCCUCCGUCACCCGUCGGGCGUCUCGGCGUUGGAUAAGCUUAAAGCUGGUCUCGUUUGCUACAAAGACGAGCACCGCUAUAUUCGCUUGUUCUAUGAGGCAUCAAACUCGGAGAUUGUCUUUGAGUUUUUGAACAACGCCCAGAAGACCGUGAACACCGAAAAGCACACAAUACACUCCUUCGAGCAAUUAACACUGCGAAUGACAUAUACAGAGCAGAGCUAUUGGCUAUCAUAUAGAGCUGAUACCAGCUCAGAUAAAGGAUUCACGCAUAUUGCAUCCGUCGAUGCUUUACAACUCACAGAUAGAGAUUUUGUUGGGCCAGUGCUCGGUAUAUUUGCAGUUAGUGAAGAUGAUGGACCGGUUGUCAAGUUCACCGACUUUUCUGUAAAAUAG